AAAAUGGCCCAAAUGGAAUUUUAUGGACCUGUGUUAAGUCAAACCUUUAUCAGGAAAUAGUUUGUCUGUCUUGUUUGAUUGCAAUUUUAUGGUUUAGACUAAACCGGGUGAGGGUUUUUGUACUGUGGAUUAUCACUGUGUACGCUGACUACCACAGUGACUCAAGAACAGUUAAGCCCUGUACAAAAUACCUGUAUGCCGCGUUCGGCUAUCUGGAAUUGCAUUUAUCCGACCGAAGGCUGCUCGAUCAUCACCACUACAUUACCCUGUGGAACUUAUUAUACUCUAGAUGGACUUUUUUUUUAAGUUAUGUGUUUUUAGGGAGUUUUCCUAUAGAUUACAAAUGCAUUCCUGCUGACACGAUGAGAGAUUCACUCGUACGUAUUCCUAAUGGAUGUUCACUAAGAAGCAAUAAGACCAUGGUUUGUUUUUGUUUCAAAAGCAGAAGAAAAUAAAAUGCUCAUUGGAUAAGAUUUUAAACAUUUUGGGCCCUUGUGCAAGGCCCUUAACUCCGAACUGCUUACAUUUUUUUGGAUGAAAUGUAAAUGUACAAGUAAGUUUACAUUCUUUGCAAAAUGCACAAUUUCAAGGAAGGACAAUAACCACAACCGUUUUUUUUUCCUCUUUUUCGAGGUAAUCUUUCAAAAUGAUCUCGAACAGUCUAUAUUUCAAAGUUUACUACUACAGUGUAUAUGCAUUUUCAAUUAAAAGUUGAAAAGGAAUCAUUAAAAAUGUCUCUACUAUUCAUUUGAUAGUAUUUCAGGGGAAUACUUUCCUUUUCUAUUAUAAAACAACAGUUUUUAGGGUCACACACCCAAAAAAACUCCUCCUCUUAACACACUGUUGGCGCAGAAGGUAUUUGUAUGGGCUUAAAUCACAGUGACACUGAUGCUCUGACUUUCGGAAAACCGAUAACUCUCACCGUUGAACCAAAGAUCGUGACUCAGUCUCUGCCUGUGCUGUCAAUAUUAACAGCUCUUGGUGGCAAUGAUUUGUGCCUGGCUGCUGGCUUCUCUCCGAAAGAAGGGACGGUAUCCCUCAUUAAAAAAGGCGAAAAUACUGUAGCCGAACGCAAGGUCGACAAUGCUGUGCUGUCCAAAAGCGGGACGUAUUACUUCGCCGCAUUUUCCGACGAAAUUGACACUUGCAAAAUGAAAACUGAAACCGUUAAUAAAACCGUUGGACAACCGACAACAGAAACUGGUACAAACAUAAAAUGUGAUGAUGAGAUCGGCAGUGGGAACGAAACUCUAGUGGCUAAUCAAACCAGAUCAAAUGAAAUCAAACUUCACGGCGAUCCAAAGUCGAACACCCUGCAAUUGGUCGUGACCGGACUCAGACUUCUGUUGGCGAAAGCAGUUGGGCUGAAUAUAAUGAUGACAGUUAAAGCAUUGCUUGUCUAAUGUUAGUCCUAAACUUUCUCCUUAUUGCCUGUGAUUUUUAGCUGGACAGAAAGGAAAGCUGUAAGUAGGUCGGUAGUUUUUGUAGAUCUAUAUUCCCAAUUUUCUUCCUUAUAUUUUUAAUUGAAACAUUUAUUUUUUUUAAACAGCGGGUUUUUUGUUUGGCUUCUUUUUAGGAUUAAAAAAAAAAAUGUGUAGUGAUAUUCUUUUACGUUUAAUACAUAUUGCGAUAUUCUCGACUGUUCCGUUCGCUAUAUUUAUCUUCAGCGCAGUACAUUUCUAGGGGGCUAUCAUGCAUAUAAAAGAGUGUUUUUGCAGACAGUUUGUGCUUCUGCAAGUUGCUGGGCUAACCACAGGUUUAACAGCACCUAACUCUGCGAGGCACGGUGGAAACUUCGGUCUCAGAUAACAAUCAACCACACAUUUUAGUUUUCAGGAAACGCUGUGUAUUUCGUCACCGUUCGCAGCGGUCUGCAACAGAGAAGCAAGUGAGAGCAGGUUCACAAUGCAUGCAGUAAUUUGGCUUGUUUUAUAUGAUAUACUUAAAAAGGGCAGUUCAUGUUUAUAUGCGUUUUUUUGUUUGUUUUUUUAGAGAUAUAAAUAUGUAUUAGUUUAUUAAGAAUAAAAUCUGCUUUUCAGCACAAAA